UUUCAUUCUUCCCUGCAGAGUUCUUAACUCCUAGCAGCCAAUUACCGCCAUAGUAUAUUGUGAUUCUGAGAAAAUUGAUCUGAACCGGGAUCCGGCAUUCCUCUGGAACGAAUAACCCACCGGCAUUAUCAGAUCCUAACCAGUCGUUCUAAGCGAAUGGAGACCCUAAACCCGCCGGAUAAUGCUUUACCUUCAACUACACGCUUCAUUGAGCAUUUGAUCUCGCAGCUCUCGGAACGUACCGCUAACCCAGAAGAUGAGGUCAACCCUGAACGCCAGCGUCCGUUCUCCGCCUUCUCAGCAGGCCACGCAGCAAACGUGAAACAACUGAUGCUGACUCUCCACUGUUUUUUCCCAAAUGAACUUCUACUUGCUCUGGAUAUACUGGACCGAGGCCUAGUUAGGCGCUUCAUGAACGAGGACUGUUGCAUUCGGAGCCCCGACACUUCCGAGCCAAUAAGCCCCAGCGAGUCAACACUGAAUGGGAGGCGUCCUCCACUCGAAGACUUGUUCUUCGUCAUUUCAAUGUCUACAGCUACCAGUCCUUCACCUGGGGAGUCUCUUCCAGUAUCUCUUCGUCCUAAUGCAGACCAAAAAGGCUACGAAGUUCGACUACAAGCGUGGAAUUGCACCUGCCCAACAUUCACGUUUGCCGCAUUCCGCGACCUAGGUCCAAAGUUGGCCGGGGAUGAUCCUCCUAGUGGUGAUAUCUCGCAAUCCCACCAUGUGCCCGGCAUGCAUUAUUACCCUUUCGGCGGAAGCUUGACUCGGCGGUCCGUGAGGUGGUCGUAUCCAGUAUGCAAGCAUCUCCUUGCUUGUGUAUUAGCGGUGCGCUGUCCCGCACUCAGUGGGCCCUCUGCAGACGAUCACGAUCGAAUCGUCAUCGGUGCACAGGAGCUGGGAGGUUGGUGUGCUGGUUGGGGCGGAUGAUCAGCUAGGUCGCAUGCAUGAUAGCAAUCCUCAUGACAUACUGGCCCACCGCCUAUCCUCGGUCACUGCGCUAUAUAUUUACAUCUUGUUCCGCGAGAGCCGUGUACAUACCAGGUGGACAUAGACUCGCCGAAUAGUCUAUAUAGAUGAUGUUCGGCAGACGAAUGCAAUGCUAUGCCGUGGAGUUAUGGGAUAUUGGACAGCAUAAAAUUUGGGGUCGAUCUCGUGCAGAGAGGACCUGGCCUGCUGCUCAGCCGUCUACGUAUACAAACCGACCUCAAGCUCACUUUUGGUGGCUG